CGUUCACUGCUCAGUCGAUCUGCGGAGUUGCGCGCCGACACCGGCCGGCGCCAAAACAACUAAAUUAUUAUACUUAUACACUACCGCGAUAAAAUAAUAUAAAUAAACCAAAAAAAGUGCAAUAGCAUUUUCGCCAUAAAUAUUAAAUAUAAUCAAAAUAGUAUUGUGCCUAUACAAGUGAAUGUGUAUAAAGGUCGUUUAUCAACAAAAUAAUAUAUUUUUUUGGUACACGACAAAAAAGGUCCAUUCGAAUCCGGUGUGUAUAAAGUGAUGUAAAGUAACCAGAAACAUAAGCAAGUAUCACAAAUAAACAAAAAAAUGUCUGAACAAACCCAAGAGUAUAUAAACGGGAUGAGACCGGGACCUCUCACACGGGAGAUCCCGGAGUGUAUGAGGGACAAAUAUACCGUCGUGCAAUCAAUUAUAGACGUUAUAGUGUUUGUCAUCGUCGGUGUGGGAUAUGUUAUACAAGCGAUAUACAGGACUAUAGUUGGGUAUCCUAAGAGAGAUCUCAAAGGAGGCGUGGCGGUUGUUACUGGAGGCGGCGGAGGCUUAGGCAGUCUUAUAGCCUUGAGGCUGGCACGACUCGGCUGCACCAUUGUCCUGUGGGAUAUCAAUAAGCAAGGCUUGGAAGAUACAGUGAAACUUGUAAAAGGCGUCGGUGGUAAAUGCUACGGCUACGUAGUAGAUCUGGCCAGCAGGGAAGACAUCUACCGUGUCGCUAAAAACGUUGAAGAGCAGGUUGGGAAGGUAAACCUACUUAUCAAUAAUGCAGGCGUCGUCUCAGGACAUUACCUCCUGGAGACUCCAGACCAUCUCAUUCAAAGGACUUUCGAUGUCAAUAUUCUUGCACAUUUCUGGACGGUGAAAGCCUUCCUGCCAACCAUGAUCAGUCAAAAUGAUGGUCAUAUAGUGACCAUCGCUUCAAUGGCCGGACACGUGGGUGUUGCCAAGCUGGUCGACUACUGUUCGUCAAAAGCUGCUGCCUGCGGCUUCGACGAGGCUCUCAGGGUCGAGCUAGAGACGAAAGGCGUUAAGGGUGUGAAGACUUCGCUGAUAUGUCCGUACUUCAUUCGAUCGACGGGCAUGUUUGAAGAGGUUAACUCAAGGUUCGUGCCACAGCUGAAUUCGAACGAGGUGGCGGAUCGUGUUGUGCUCGCGAUACGCACCAGUGAGCCUUUCGCUCUAAUACCAGGUUUCUUUCGGGUGCUAUUACCUUUCAAAUGGAUAGUACCUUGGCCGUGUAUAUCAGAGCUGAUCCGCGGUCUGGUGCCGGACGCGGUCCCUGUGGCCCCUAACGCGCGUAUAGAGACACCAUCCUCAGCACCAAAAAUAGACAUGAAAACGGACUCCAGGCCUAUGUCACUGCUGCCCCCAGCAAGACACGACCGCCAGGUUUGAAUAUUUACAGGGUACGUUAUGAUUACUAAGAGUACGUAACGGUAGGCAGCGGCUUGGCUCUGCACUUGGUAUUGCUGAAGUCCAUGGGCAACGGUAACCACUCGCCAUCAGGUGGACCGUAUGCUCGUCUACCUACAAGGGCAAUAAAAUAAAGAUUUAUUAUUAAAUUUUGUUGAAACAAAUCUGAAUUUAUUCUUGUCAUUCAAAAUAGUUCAUGGUGCUAAAUAGGUUUUCAAUAUACAGUAUGGAUCUUGGAAUAUGUUUCUCGUAUAUAAAUUGCAGGUUAUAUGUUUUAUUAAGGUAUAUUUUAAUUUGUCAAAAGUAUACCGUUACAAUAAAAACAAAUAAUGACGUUGAUAGUUAAAAUAGAAUUUUUAAAUUAAA